AUGGAGUUCGACAACGUGUAUUUGGGCUGUGGAGAUGAAUUGGAAGAAACGCUUCGAACCAUUCUUCUGAACGAACCUUUUCAAAUUAUUCUUGUGACAAUUGAUAGCAAUAGGGGGAACGCGGAGGAAAUGCUCAAGGAUAUGCCAGCAUCAAAAACCCGGAUCAAAUUGCUUAGCAUCCCAAAACCAAACAAAAGACGCCAAAUGGUGCGGGCUAUUCCCGAGGUCCAGACCAAAAUUACCGUUUUUGUUGAUGACGAUGUAAGCUGGCCACUGAAGGAACUGACAUGGCUGCUAGCGGUUUUUGAAGAUCCUAUUUACGGAGGAGUAGCAACUUGCCAGCGGUUGCGGAGAUCGGAUGCACCUUUGUUCUCUACACAGCGAGUGUGGGACUUCCUAGGUGCGCUGUACUUGGAGCGCAGGAAUUUUGAUUGCGCCGCAACAACUCAGGUGGACGGAGGGAUGCCUUGCCUCUCUGGACGUACUUCUGCUUACCGAACCAAAAUCCUUCAGGACCGAGAUUUCACCUAUAACUUCACACACGAGGAGUGGUGGUUUGGCAAAUAUGAAUUGAACGCAGAUGACGAUAAUUUCCUAUCACGCUGGAUGGUAACUCACGGAUGGGAAACAUAUUUCCAAUACCACCCGGAAGUGGAAAUCCAAACGACCCUCGAGAACAAUGCAAAAUUCCUCAAGCAGUGCGUUCGGUGGUCAAGAAGUAACUGGCGGAGUAAUCUCACAACCUUGAUCCAGGAGCAGGUUGUUUGGUAG